AUGCCGCCGCCCGCCGACGAGGAUGAAGCAGCCAAGACAGCGCGCCUCGAGAAAGAGCAACUGGUUCGCGCCGCUGGGCUCAAGGGCACGAAUGCCGUACUCGAAGAGGACGAGUGGCUCGGUAAGGCCAUUCUCCUCAAGGACUGCGACAUUGAGCAGCUCCUGGGCCACAACCUUAAAAGCUGCAAGACGCUCAUAUCUUGCUACGCCUGA